CCCUCAGCGCUCCGUCCCUCGGCCGUCAGCCAAUGAGAGCGCGGAGGCAGGAAACGGGGCGGGUGCUGUAUUUUACCUGAGUCAAAGGGGAUGCUGAAAUGAAAUAUGAGCUUUAACUGCAAAACAUAGGUGUAGAGAAGCGACCGGCAGAUUUAUUCUCUGCUGAACCCCUGCGGAGUGCGAUAGUUCUGCUUCACACUGUCUCAGUCUCUCUCUCUCUCCUGCCCGCCAACGCGUCGUUCAGAGCAGGGAAGAGGAUGGCUGCAGAGACAGCCAUGCCCACGGAAAUGGAGGACCUGCAGAGACGGGCAGAUCAAAUCACGGACGAGUCCUUGGAAAGCACUCGUCGAAUGAUGCAGUUAGUGGAAGAGAGCAAAGAUGCUGGGAUCAGGACUCUGGUCAUGCUGGAUGAGCAGGGAGAACAGCUGGACCGCACGGAGGAGGGUCUGGAUCAGAUCAACCGGGACAUGAAGGAGGCUGAGAAGAACCUCACAGACAUGGCCCAGUGCUGUGGCCUCUGUGUGUGCCCCUGUGGCAAACCCCCCUGUUCUCCCAUUCUCAGACUAAAGGAUUUUGAGGCGGGCGGCGCCUAUAAGAAGGUCUGGGGGAACAACCAGGACACUGUGGUGUCCAGCCAGCCUGCCUCCCGCGUGCUGGACGAGAGGGAGAAGAUGACCAUGAGUGGAGGACACAUCCGCAGGGUCACCAACGACGCCAGGGAGGACGAGAUGGACGAGAAUCUGGAGCAGGUGGGCAGUAUCCUGGGCAACCUGCGGAACAUGGCCUUGGACAUGGGCAACGAGAUCGACACCCAGAACAUCCAGAUCGACCGGAUCAUGGACAAGGCGACUGUCAAUAACAGCCGCAUCACAGAAGCCAACCAGAGAGCUAACAAGCUGAUGUCAUCAUGAGAAGACUUCACCGGAUUCUCCCACACCGAGCGUCUCUUCCACGCACACACACUAUAGAAUUAAUUCAUUUUGCUUCAUGAAGUUGAACGAAGCCUGCUGGAUAAUGUUACGUUAACAUAGUGAAUUACA